AUGAGAAGAGGCGCUUAUCGAGAAAGUGGGCCCAUAGCAUUGUCUCAACUUGAUAAUACGAUCAUGACAAAUCAGAGCGAGCAGUCCGAUGUUGAAGCGUCAUCUCCGAGAGAUCUUAAUUUAAACUAUAGAAACAUAAAUUAUAUGGAGGGUAGUGCGUUUGGAAGUUACAAAGCACAUCCCGCGAGCGGGCUAGACGCCCGCAGCGCGGUACAGGGUAGCGGGGCUGGCGCGGGUGGUGCGCGUGAUGAGUCACCGCAAACGGCGAGCGCGCCGAGCGCUCCGAGCGCGCAGCCAAGCUGCGAGGUAGCGCCGAACCGGACAGCGGAGCCAGCUGCGGGGCCAGCCCGUGUGUUAUCGUUCGCCGAGGUGACUAAAACAGAAGGAGGUUGA